UUCCAUGACUGGAUGUGGGAGCCUGAAGUGGGUCGCCGUAAGAAGGGAAUUUACUAAGGAAUAAUAACCUAGCUAACCUUUAAACUGACCGAAAUAUCUCCUAGGGUAGUAGGCAAGCCAUUCCAUUCUACCGUUUGCCCAUCGUUUCCAGAAAGAAGAGGAAUUAGCUAGGCAAGGGACAGAAAAAGCAUUCUGUAACAAGUAAACAAAGGUGAUUGUCAAAGGCACUGGAUGGAUAGCAUUGAUCCUGACGCCCUGUAUCUGUCCUCGGAGCAGCUCAGGCAGCCAUGCGAGCUCCCCCGUACUGCACUGGAGGUUCCCGCCCUUGCAGGAGCAAAGAAGAUGAACGGGACUCUGGACCAUCCAGACCAGCCCGACAUUGAUGCCAUUAAGAUGUUUGUCGGCCAGAUCCCCCGGUCCUGGACAGAGGAACAGCUUCGAGAGCUUUUUGAGCCCUAUGGCGCCGUCUAUGAAAUCAAUGUCCUGCGGGACAGGAGCCAGAACCCCCCACAGAGUAAAGGUUGUUGUUUCAUAACAUUCUACACUCGUAAAUCAGCAUUAGAAGCACAGAAUGCCCUGCACAAUAUGAAAAUUCUCCCAGGGAUGCAUCAUCCAAUUCAGAUGAAGCCCGCAGACAGCGAGAAAAAUAAUGCAGUGGAAGACCGCAAAUUAUUCAUAGGAAUGAUCUCAAAGAAAUGCAACGAGAAUGAUAUCAGGCUCAUGUUCUCGCCGUACGGCCAGAUCGAGGAGUGUCGAAUACUGCGAGGUCCAGAUGGGCUGAGCCGUGGUUGUGCAUUUGUCACCUUCACAGCGAGACAGAUGGCACAGUCAGCUAUCAAAGCCAUGCAUCAGUCACAGACCAUGGAGGGCUGCUCGUCCCCGAUGGUGGUGAAGUUUGCAGACACGCAAAAGGACAAGGAACAGAAGCGCAUCGCCCAGCAGCUGCAGCAGCAGAUGCAGCAGCUCAAUGCUGCCUCCAUGUGGGGGAACCUGGCCGGGCUCAAUUCUCUGGGGCCGCAGUAUCUCGCACUUUAUUUGCAGCUCCUCCAGCAGUCGGCAUCCUCUGGGAACGCUCUGAACAACCUGCACCCCAUAUCAGGGCUGAAUGCCAUGCAGAACCUGGCGGCACUGGCAGCUGCGGCCGGCGCCACCCAGUCCACCCCCACGGGCGCCAACGCCCUCACCACCUCCAGCAGCCCCCUCAGCGCCCUCACCAGCUCAGCGGGGUCUUCCCCCACAUCCAGCACCAACUCCUCAGUCAACCCCAUGGCCUCUCUGGGUGCACUGCAGUCUCUGGCCGCUGGGGCUGGGGGAGGCCUCAGCAUGGGCUCGCUAGCAGGAAUGGCUGCUUUAAACGGAGGACUGGGUAGUGGGGGCCUCUCCAACGGCACUGGCAGCACAAUGGAGGCGCUGACCCAGGCCUACUCGGGCAUCCAGCAGUAUGCGGCGGCCGCCUUGCCCAGCCUCUACAACCAGAGCCUGCUCUCCCAGCAGAGCGGGAGUGCUGCCGGCAGCCAGAAGGAAGGCCCUGAGGGAGCCAACCUGUUCAUAUACCACCUACCCCAGGAGUUUGGUGAUCAAGAUCUGCUCCAAAUGUUCAUGCCAUUCGGAAAUGUCAUCUCUGCCAAGGUCUUCAUUGACAAGCAGACGAACCUCAGCAAGUGUUUUGGCUUUGUAAGUUACGACAAUCCCGUAUCAUCUCAGGCAGCCAUUCAGUCGAUGAACGGUUUCCAGAUCGGAAUGAAGCGGCUGAAGGUUCAGCUUAAGAGAUCCAAAAACGACAGCAAGCCAUACUGAGAGGUUCUUCUCUCAAAUGGACUUGGGUAGAAAAUGUUCUAUGAUAUCUUCAUGGCCAUUUGUUCAUCAUUAGCGUGUCGAUGUGGCGUCAAAAGUUCAUCGUCCAGUCGCUUUCCUCCACGCUUCUGACUCUUGAAAUUUCGCCCCUUCAUCUUGUGUUAACCUGCUGCUUAUUAAAUGUACUAAUUUUUUGUUUGUUUUUUGUGUGUUAAUUUCUGUUUUGCUGCCAAUUUGGUGCGUUAGAAAGAUCUGUGGUGCAAAAAAUGAAUAAAGUUAGAUUGAAUAUUGUUGCGAGCAAAAUAAUCUAUUUUUCUAGAACUUCCAAACAACCACUAGGUUUUACAGAAAGCUUUAAUUUAUUUUGACUAUAGUUAAGCUUAUGUUUCUCUUUUCAAUUUUCCUUCAAAGCAGUCUUCUUAACGCACCUUCAGUUUUGUGUAGAAGUAGACAAGUGAAUUUAUAGAAUCUACACUACGUGUGUGUGUGUGCGUGUGCUGCUGUGUGUUCCUCUUGUGUAAGUUCUAAGCUUUUUUUUUCUUUUUUAGGAUGUCGCAUUUUGCUGAAACUGAGGAUGACUUUGUAAUUUUGUGUUUGAUUGGCAUGAUGUAUUUUUUGGGAGUUCUUUUGGGAGUGGCGCUGUAACUGACACUUGAAUUGCCUUUUACCUUAGUGUGUCUGGCCAUCACAGGCACUGUAUGUUUUUCAUUUGCCUUUGUGUGGAAUUCAGCUUUGAAGUGAAAAAAAAAAUUAAAAUGAGCAGAACUGAGUUUUGUCAUAAUUUAGUAUGUAUCUUGCAUGCCUGUUUUUCAUAACUGCACUGAAAUCCUCAGCAAAAUGUGAUAUUGUGUUUAAGAAAUAAAAAAAUUGAAUACAAUCGUGCCAAAAGUUUUGCAUGUUGCUGUUGGUCGCAUUUCUGUAUC